AUGAAAGCUAUAAAAAUGAAUACAAAAAGGCAUAAGAAGGCAAUUUCGCAAAUGGCUUACAGGCAAGGAAGUAAACCGGAAGUGGAAUCGAACAAAAGACAAUUAGAUCUUGCUGCGCACUAUGUAUGUUUAUUGUUUGGUUUGAUAAUUUCUUUUUUAUUAUUAACGUUGAUUGGCUUGAUAAUGUCCUUUUUUGUUUUGUGUUUUUGUAAUAAUAUUUUUUUUUUAUCACUUCUUGUUGUAAGGUAUUGCCGGAAUUCAGUUAAAAAUUCCCUAAUUCCAUCUAGGAUCUGGCCGCAAUUAAAAAUGGCAUUUACAGGAAAAAGGAAAUUGAGUGUGAAAAAAAGUCCCAAAUUUAACAGAUAUGAUGAAAAUGGUCACUUUCCAUCCAAAAGACCAAGGUUUGGAAAUCGAAGGGAUUUUGACUAUCCCGGUCAAAACUUGGGAAAAAUCAAUUGGGAUGAAGUGACGUUAAAGCCAUUUGAAAAAAAUUUUUAUUCUCCUCAUCCUGAUGUAUUAAAAAGGUCUAAGCAGGAAAUACAAGACUUUUUAAAUAAAAAUGAAAUUGUUAUAAAAGGAAAAAAUUGUCCUGCUCCGAUUUUUUCUUUCGAAGAAACCGGAUUAGCAGAUGAUGUAAUUAAUAUUGUAAGGAAAUUAAAUUAUUUUGCACCGACGCCUAUUCAGUCUCAAGGCUGGCCCAUAGCACUGAGUGGGCAAAAUAUGGUUGGAAUAGCUCGUACUGGAUCGGGGAAAACAUUAGGGUUUGUUUUACCUGCGGUUAUUCACAUUCAGCAUCAACCAAAAUUGGAAAGAGGAGAUGGUCCCAUAGCUUUAGUUUUAGCUCCGACGAGAGAAUUAGUUCAGCAAACUCAAAAUGUUGCAAUUCCUUUCGCGAGAGCUUCCGGUAUAAGAUCGGUAGCCGUGUACGGUGGCUCAGAUAAAUACGGCCAGGAUAGGCAUUUGAGAAACGGGACCGAGAUUUGUGUGGCCACACCCGGAAGACUCUUGGAUUUUUUAAAUUCGGGAACUACGAAUUUGGAAAGGUGUACAUAUUUAGUAUUAGAUGAAGCUGACAGAAUGUUUGACAUGGGUUUCGAACCACAAAUCAGAUCAAUCAUUGAUCAAAUCCGGCCCGAUAGGCAAGUGUUGAUGUGGUCCGCGACAUGGCCGAAAGAAAUAAAACGUUUAGCCGAAGAAUAUUUAAAAGAUUACAUACAGUUAAAUGUAGGAUCCCAGGAAUUGACGGCCAAUCCAAACAUUAAUCAAAUUGUUCACGUGUGUCAAAGCGAGCGUGACAAGAAAAAAUUGCAAAAUGUUUUGAAGGAAAUUGGAGAGCAAGACGAAAUUAAAACUUUAAUUUUUACUGCAACCAAACAGAAAUCUGAUAGUAUUGCUUUUUGGCUCCAAGAUCUCGGAUACCGAUGUGAUUCUUUGCACGGUGGUAAAACGCAAAAAAAUAGAGAUUUCAUUCUGCGAGGUAGAAUAAAAAUAUUGGUGGCAACGGAUGUAGCAGCCAGAGGUUUAGACGUUUCCGAUAUUAGGUAUGUCAUUAAUUACGAUUAUCCUAACAAUAUGGAAGAUUAUAUUCACAGAAUAGGACGAACGGGACGACACAACGCGACCGGAACGUCGUACACUUUUCUCACGGAUGAAGAUGCGAGCAAAGCGGGAGAUUUAAUAUCCGUUUUACGGGAAGCCAAUCAAAACGUUGAUCCGGAUUUAGAAAAUUUAGCCAUGAGCGCUGCGAGGCCUAAAAAAGGUUAUUAUUAUUAUUAUUAUUGUUACUGUUGUCUUACUGUUGUCGAGUUUCCAAGUUUAUUCAAAAAAGAUUAA